CAGCGGGACCCGGCCGGACGCCACCGAGGCUCCUCCCCCUUCGCCCGAGCCCGCCGCCCGAGCCCGCGGGGCGCCCGCGGGGCGGCGGGGGCUGCAGACGGCCGGCUCUGCGCGUCCUGCCCGGGGCGGGCCCAGGGCCCCCAGACGCCCGCCUCCGCGGUGGGUGGCCGCUUACGUCAGGGAGGCGAAACCCAGAAGAAGGAAAAAAAAAAAAAGGCACGAGGGCGGAAGGGGAAAACUUUUUUUAUUAUUCUUUUUUGCUCUUAUUUUCUUCUGGGGCUGAAGUGAAGGGCAGGCGACUGCGCCAGCGCGGGCUUCCCGGAAAAGCCCGGCGCGACCCCAGCCCGCGGCGCGCGGCGGAGCUGGGCCCGGGAGGCCCGAAGGGGCGGCCGCCAUGUGGGACCCUCAGGACUUUGAGCGCCACUGGCAGGCCGAGUUCCCCGGGGAGGAGGCACCGGUCAUGCGGCUGGACUCGGUGCUGGACAUGGAGCGGGAGCUGGAGCGCUGCAAACUCAACCUGAAGCGGCUGCAACAGGUGUUGGCUGAGGAGAAAUUCAAAGUCUCCUACCUGCAGACGGCCCUGGCCGGGGAGAAGCGGGACCUCGGCUGUGGGCGCCUGGAGGGCGGAGACGGCGACAGCGGGGGAGCUUGGGCAGAGGAGCCGGCGCCGGCCGGGCCGGAGCGGGCGCCGCCACCGCGGGAGGAGGAGGGCGCCGCGGGCGGCGGCGGAGACCCUCCAGGCUCCUGGCGCCCUGACCCCGAGGUGGCCGCCAAGGCCGGGACUCGUCACGCGUGCCCCGACCUUCCCACUUGGCCCGGGGCGGCGGGGGCAGGGGGCGCCGUGCGCAGCUUGACCGCCGCCAUCCACCAGCAGCUGCUGAAGCCUCGCCUCCUCUUCAGACUCCGGGAGGACCGCGCGCCGCCCGGCCCCGAUGACACGGUCCCCAGCGCCCAGGGAGAGGAGCUGUCCUCCCGGACCCGCGCGGGGCGGGGCUCCGAGGAGGGCGAGCCGGACGCCUCGGUCUCAGAUGAUGGGGGCAACAGCAGUGACCACGACUUCGAGAUGGUGGAUUUGAACGAGAAAUUCGUCCUCGGCCACUUGCUCGUGCCCCCCUGCCGGCUCGGGACCCGCGACGAGGCCGAAAAGCCGGCGCGGGCGGGCAGCCCUCAUCGCUGGAUGCACCUGAUCCCCGGGGGCCGGCGGCAGCAGCGCCGGAGCCGCGACCUGGAGCAGCUAGAGGCGGAGGCCAAGGACGGGCGGAGCUCGCCCCUGGCUGCGGAGGAGCACCCCCCGCGCGGGGCUCGCGAGCACCUCCCCCCGUGGCGGCGCAAGAGGUUUCUGCGGGUGCCGGAGCGGGACUCGCCCAGCCACAGCUCGCCCGAGAGGAGCAGUGACUGCAGCCACAACAGCUCGGACCACGAGGACGGCUUCUCUGCAGACUUCAGCUACGGGGCAGACGACUACGACGGAGAAGGGAAUGAGGAGCAGAAGGGGCCCCCGGAGGGCUCGGAGACCAUGCCGUACAUCGACGAGUCGCCCACCAUGUCGCCCCAGCUCAGUGCCCGUGGCCAAGGCGGCGGGGACAGCAUCUCCCCCACCCCACCUGAGGGGCUGGCGCCUGGGGUGGAAGCAGGGAAAGGCCUGGAGAUGAGGAAGCUGGUUCUCUCGGGGUUCCUGGCCAGCGAAGAGAUCUACAUUAACCAGCUGGAAGCCUUGUUGCUGCCCAUGAAACCCCUGAAGGCCACAGCUACCACCUCCCAGCCCGUGCUCACCAUCCAACAGAUUGAGACAAUCUUCUACAAGAUCCAGGACAUCUACGAGAUCCACAAGGAGUUCUAUGACAACCUCUGCCCCAAGGUGCAGCAGUGGGACAGCCAGGUCACCAUGGGCCACCUCUUCCAGAAGCUGGCCAGCCAGCUUGGCGUGUACAAAGCGUUUGUGGAUAACUAUAAAGUCGCUCUGGAGACCGCUGAGAAGUGCAGCCAGUCCAACAAUCAAUUCCAGAAGAUCUCGGAGGAACUCAAAGUGAAAGGUCCCAAGGACUCCAAGGACAGCCACACAUCAGUCACUAUGGAAGGUACUCUGGGGAACGAGCUGGCUCUGCUCUACAAGCCCAUUGACCGAGUCACCAGGAGCACCCUGGUCCUACAUGACCUGCUGAAGCACACACCUGUGGACCACCCAGACUACCCGCUGCUCCAGGAUGCCCUCCGCAUCUCCCAGAACUUCCUGUCCAGCAUCAAUGAGGACAUCGACCCCCGCCGGACUGCCGUCACAACCCCCAAGGGAGAGACACGGCAGCUGGUGAAGGACGGCUUCCUGGUGGAAGUGUCGGAGAGCUCCCGGAAGCUGCGGCACGUCUUCCUCUUUACAGAUGUCCUACUGUGCGCCAAGCUCAAGAAGACAUCCGCAGGGAAGCACCAGCAAUAUGACUGCAAGUGGUACAUCCCCCUGGCUGACCUAGUGUUUCCAUCACCUGAGGAGUCUGAGGCCAGCCCCCAGGUGCAUCCCUUCCCAGACCAUGAGCUGGAAGACAUGAAAAUGAAGAUUUCUGCCCUCAAGAGUGAAAUCCAGAAGGAGAAAGCCAACAAAGGACAGAGCCGGGCCAUCGAGCGCCUGAAAAAGAAGAUGUUUGAGAACGAGUUCUUGCUGCUGCUCAACUCCCCCACGAUCCCAUUUCGGAUCCACAAUCGGAAUGGAAAGAGCUACCUGUUCCUACUGUCCUCGGACUAUGAGAGGUCAGAGUGGAGAGAAGCAAUUCAGAAGCUACAGAAGAAGGAUCUCCAGGCCUUUGUCCUGAGCUCAGUGGAGCUCCAGGUGCUCACGGGAUCCUGUUUCAAACUUAGGACUGUACACAACAUUCCUGUCACCAGCAAUAAAGACGACGAUGAGUCUCCAGGACUCUAUGGCUUCCUCCAUGUCAUCGUCCACUCUGCCAAGGGGUUUAAGCAGUCAGCCAACCUGUACUGCACCCUGGAGGUGGAUUCCUUUGGCUAUUUUGUCAGCAAAGCCAAAACCAGGGUGUUCCGGGACACGACAGAGCCCAAAUGGGAUGAGGAGUUUGAGAUUGAGCUGGAGGGCUCCCAGUCCCUGAGGAUCCUGUGCUACGAAAAGUGCUAUGACAAGACCAAGGUCAACAAGGACAACAACGAGAUCGUGGACAAGAUCAUGGGCAAAGGACAGAUCCAGUUGGAUCCACAAACUGUAGAAACCAAGAACUGGCACACGGAUGUGAUUGAGAUGAACGGGAUCAAAGUGGAAUUCUCCAUGAAGUUCACCAGCCGAGAUAUGAGCCUAAAGAGGACCCCGUCCAAAAAGCAGACUGGAGUCUUCGGCGUGAAGAUCAGCGUGGUGACUAAGCGGGAGCGCUCCAAGGUGCCCUACAUCGUGCGGCAGUGUGUGGAGGAGGUGGAGAAGAGGGGCAUCGAGGAGGUCGGCAUCUACCGGAUAUCAGGGGUGGCCACUGACAUCCAGGCGCUGAAGACCGUCUUUGAUGCCAAUAACAAGGACAUCCUACUGAUGCUGAGCGACAUGGACAUCAAUGCCAUCGCCGGCACCCUCAAGCUCUACUUCCGGGAGCUGCCCGAGCCCCUCCUCACAGACCGACUUUACCCAGCCUUCAUGGAGGGCAUCGCCCUGUCAGACCCUGCUGCCAAGGAAAACUGCAUGAUGCACCUACUCCGCACCCUGCCCGACCCCAACCUCAUCACCUUCCUCUUCUUGCUGGAACACUUGAAAAGGGUUGCUGAGAAGGAACCCAUCAACAAAAUGUCCCUUCACAACCUGGCUACUGUGUUUGGCCCCACGUUACUGAGACCCUCAGAAGUGGAGAGCAAAGCACACCUCACGUCGGCUGCAGACAUCUGGUCCCAUGACGUCAUGGCACAGGUCCAGGUCCUCCUCUACUACCUGCAGCACCCCCCCAUUUCCUUCGCAGAACUGAAGCGGAACACACUGUACUUCUCUACCGAUGUGUAGCCCAAGGUGGGAUCAGCUGUGGGGGUGGCCCGAGCCAGCCCCUCCAGCCGGGGGACCCAACACAGACUUGAAAGACUACAAGAGAAAACUCCCAAACCCAGCACUCCAGACUCCAAGGGACACAGAUUUCCAAGAACUGGAAUAUGUGCAUCUUUCGUGCCACCUUGUACAAAGCCAGCUGACCCAGCCCCCAGCCUCACCACCAUGCCCCGGGCCCCGCCCUCUGUACCUCUAGUUGUGUCUAAUGCCCCGUGCUGUUCAGGAAUUGUUUUAUGUCUAUUUGUCAUGCAGAAAUGGUAGUGACCGACCCAGUAUGGGCAUACAGACAGCCUGCUUUGUUCUUUCAUUUCCUCCAACACUUUCUUUCCUCCUGAGUCCAGUCCAAGGGCUUUUAUUUUGCGCUCUGUAACCACUGCCAGCUUAUCCUCUCUUGGCCCUGCUCCCAGAUUGCAGUCUCCUGGCAGCCUCUCCUCGGGUUUCCUCCACCCUCUACUUCCUCCCAGCCUGCCCACAUGCAUGUGCAGCCUUGGUUUUUGCUCCAUCACUUUGAAAGUUGAGGAGACCCCGGGUGGCAGUGGCGGUGGUGACUUGUCAAAGGCUGCCGCUUGCUGCCCUCUGCCCCCAGCCUUUUCCUUGUCCUCUACCUGUGGAAGCACACCUGCUUUGCCUUGCUGCCUGUGCAAAUGUUGGACAAGGGGACAGACUCACACUAAUCCUCAGCUUAGCACAGAGCUGGAGAGCAGAUUUCUGGAAUUUUCCACCUGACAAUCUCCAUUUCUGGGGUUUAUCUGUUCUGUCUCCUGCCUACUUUCACUGAGGCAUCUUUCACUGUUUCUUCUGCUUUUCAGUUCCUUUUCCCCUGGUGUUCUAUUUCCUUUGAGUGUAGAGACUCAGAAGUGACCCAAUAUUAAGAGAGCCGGAGGGUCAGGAAUCAGGGGAGGCGGGAGGCGGGCCACUGAGGAAACAAGACAGGUUGAACAUUCGGAGGGGUGCCAUGUAGCACCAGGUGCCCCGAGUUGGGGGGAAGUGGCUCUCAGCAACAAAGAAUUAUAGUGGCUUUUGUAGUGGAGCCAGGUCUCUAGGGGGGCAACUAAUAUGGCUGAAGCAGGUAUUUAGAAACACGCAGGCCCAUCCAGGAGGCAGUCCUUCCUGGCGCCUCUCGUACCUUGUGGUACCUUUGCCUUAGAUUUUACACAUCCUCCACAGCCAAGCACUGCCACAGGGCAGCCCCCGAGGCCGUGUGUCCCCCAGGGCCUAGGAAACACAGGCAGGGUCCAGGUCCAGCAGUAGCCAGUCAUCCUGGUGCUGCCUCCCCACCCCACCCACAGCUUCUAGAUGCAGCCUUUUGGGUGAACUCUAGGCAACUCCAGAAGUGGGGAGGAAUGAGGAGUCAUGGGCAGCUGCCUCUUUUGGGACUGGGAUUUGCUGGGGACUUUCAUUGUUGACACUCUUCCCCAGAGCAGAGGAUCAGCAGGUUCUGUUCCCAGCUCGGAGACCCCUUUCUCCACACUGAAAGGACUGAGCAGUAGCUGCCGGCAUGUGGCAGGUGGCUUCGGAGAACACUCCUAGGCUUGAGCUGUAGUACACGGCUCUCUGGCUCCAUGUGGCAGAGAAGUAGAGAAUGGUUCCCUUAGAUUGUGCUCAGGGCGGAGUUUUAAAGAAGGGCUUGCUGGACCUAAAGGUAGAACAUUUGCUCAGUGAGAGGCAGGGAGGGCCCUUUCUCAUCUUGUUUACACCUGUUGCCCAGUCUUGGGCAGAACGGUACACAUUCUGUGCACAUCAGAGGAAAGAAAUGCCUAACAGGAGGGAAAUACAUAGCUGCCUGUUAGCGGUUCAGCAAGGAGCCCUGCUCCCUGGGACAGGAGAUGGAGAAAUAACACCAUUUGAGUCUAAAGAUCCCAGCUUGUGACCAUCCCAGGAGUCUCUGCACUCAGGAGUUGGUGUAUGGCAUGGAAGGCUUCUGCUUCCAAAAGCCAUUAAUUAAUGGUAAUGAACUGGAGGACCAGUUAGAGCUAGUUACAGACAAAAAAUGGGUGCCUCCCACUUCCCUGAAACAAGAGACAUUUGCUUCUCAGCAUCAGGUAGCCACCAGACCCCCCAAACUUGCUUAAGCAACUUGAGAACCGAAGGGAAAGCUGCAGGGGCUGAGGAAUGCAAAAGACUCAGAAUAUUUAUAAAUUCCACCCCCAGGGUGGGGAGGGGCAGGUACCAGACAUGGACUAAGUUGCAUCAAGGAAGUAGCCCAUGGGUUCUCCUGAGAGUCAAGGACCGUGCAGCCCAGAAUCCCCAGCUACUGUGCCCAGCCGGGCAGGCUGUGCCAACAGGAGCCCAGCUGACAGGCUGCAGGAAUCCCAGUAUGCCCAUCCCUGCUGGCAAUGGCUGUGGGCGGCCAGUUUUUGCUGAUACAGGUAGGAUGGGAACCUUCAUUAAUAUUUCACUUAAGUUGGUAAGGAUAUAUUUUUUUUGGUCUAUGUUCUGUUUCAACUUAUGUAGAUUAUUAUAAAUUGAUGUAAACCACGUGAGAGGAAAAUGUUAAUAAAAAAAAAUGCAAAGCCCCAACAUUUGCACACAA